AUGACUCAUAGGAAACGGACAGGAAUGGAAGCUGCCAAGAAGGGCGAUCAUGGAGUGUGGUCGUUGCCUUAUGUCGCAGUUACUUUUCGAAGCGUUAGAGCAUGCCGGUACUUACAAUGGACUAGCGGUACUUGCACAGCUGUUGUUGCAGUGAAGGGAUAUCGAAGGACGGUCGCGUAUGGAGAUAGGAUACAGAGGGAGGAGCAUGUGGUUGGUGGCUGGUACCAUAUGGUAUCGAGGUCAGUGUCGGAGUCAGCCGCUUCCUGCCCAUUGUCAGCUCUUAUCGGCUCUGUCUGUCUGCUUUUUGUCCAGUAG